AUGUUCCCUGCAACCAGACAUAUUUUCUGCCUCAAAUGCGCGGACCGCCUAGACCUGGCUAGGUCGACAGGCACAGAUCGUCAAUGCCCGGCUUGCCAAACCAGCCUUCUCAACCCUGACGACGUUGUUUCUACGGUUCUAAACCCGACCGAUGAUUAUAAAACCAGUGUGCUCAGUGGACUGGAUCCGAAUACUAUCAUGGAGUGCGCCGGAAGAGCACUGGCAUUUUGGGCCUAUCAGACAGCACAGGAAAUAUUCUAUCAAGAAUACCUUGUGAAGAACUUGACGGAUAAGUAUACAGCGUUGAAUAGACAGAUGGACAAGGUUGUCCACGAUGCCAACUCCGAGAUGACGAGCCUCCACCAGCGGAUUGCAGGUAGCUUAUCUCACGUUCUAAAUUGA